AUGGCUAAGACUUUACUUGAUGAAAGCCCCGAAUUUCAAUUCGGGCAUUGUCAAUUCGCCUUGAAUGGCGUUUCCACAUCGUCGGUGGACCUUGAACGUCGAGAACAUGACACAAGAAUCACUCGCUAUCCUUAUUACCCGGUUGAGCUUUCGAUCUGGCAGCGAGUGAACUCAGAGCUCGACAGCUUUGAGACUGUCCACCAUCGCUACUGGUGGAGUCGUCACACCGGAAAAGCUCUUGCAGUUCUGCUAUACAAUGCUCGAUACCCACCAGACUUGCAAUAUUGGAACCUGAGAUUUUUCGCUGAAGCCGUGGCUCCUCACCUUGGUGUUUCUCCGGAAAUCUUAGGGAGUGACACCCCAAUAUGGCCGAGCUUCAUGACUGAUGAUGGAACUCCUGUCGAAUUAAGCUGGGACUGGGGCACAAAGGAUGCACCGCCGAUGGUACGGUACUCAGUGGAGCCGAUCGGGCUGCAUGCAGGCACCUCAGUUGACCCUGGAAACUUGACUGCUGGACCAGCCUUUCAAGAGCGGCUGAACCGCUCACUGCCGACUAUGAGAUUGGAGUGGUUCCAUCAUUUCAAAGGUUUCUUCAGCAUACCCAACGUCAAAGAAGGCGAGUUUCAUGAGGAUACAAUAGAUCAUAACUCUAGUAUCUUCUACGGAUUUGACUGCUCAGAAACUGAAAUCACACCAAAGGUGUAUUUCUUCCCUAAGCUGAGAGCAAAAGCAUCCGGCCAAUCAAAUCUAGAUGUGCUCUUCCAGGCGAUGCGCACCGCUCCUCACGUCACUGAUAAAAAUUUCAAGGCUGGUGACAUCUUUCACGCCUUUUGCUCCAGUGUGGGCAACAAACUGCUAGAGCACGAGAUGCUAGCUAUUGAUCUUAUUGAUCCGCUGCAGUCUCGGCUCAAGAUCUAUUUCCGAUCCCGCGAGACAACCUUCAAGUCAGUAAUUGAUAUCAUGACGCUUGAAGGUCGGAUCCAGAAUCCUAAGCUGUACGAAGGACUGGUAGACCUCCACAGGCUCUGGAGCGCGCUAUUUGGAAUAUAUGCAGUGGAUCAGCCUCUACCCGAAGUUGAGCAUCGCACCUCAGGGAUACUCUACAACGUCGAGUUCAGGCUUCGCGAAGCAGUGCCUGUGGCUAAGAUAUAUCUACCGGUUCGGCAUUACUCUACAAGUGAUGAGGCUGUGAUCCGUGGAUUGAACGACUACUUUCAAGGCCGGCAAAAGGGCAAGUACAUGCCUGACUACAUCAGGGCUAUGAGUACACUGUUGUAA